AGAGGGCUGUUUUGGUUGAGGGGGUGGCUUCUUGGGGUGGUAGGGCGGUGCAGGGUUUGUUCUCGUAACUCUGACCCUCCUAGGUUUCUUUGUUUUUAUUUUCUCGCUCUAAUCUUCGCUUACUCCAGGCACCCGGAAGACCAGGAAUUACUGUUUAGCCAAACAUGAACCCAGUGCGAGACAGUUUUUCCCCAGCAGUCCUUCCCCCACGCACUCCUCGCUCACGUUAUCCUAGGAAAGCUUAGGAAAACUAACCCCGCGCCCCCCCACCCCCGGCCCGCUUUUCUCCGAACAAUUAAAAAAAUGAAUUUGACCUUGUCAUGAAAAGUACUCUGAAAGCACCUGUUUUUGAGCUGGAGUUUGCCAGACGUGAAAAGCCUUUUAAUAAUUUGUUGCAAAACCGAACACGUUUAUUAGUUGCUCAACCUAAAUUAAACUGUGGGAGUUUGUGUGUCGUGGACUUGGAGAAAAGCCUGAUGGCAUUUAAAGCAUUUAUAUAAGGGUUUGGGGAAGGGGGAAUAAUCUUUCUUGCCCCCUAAAGGUAGGCUUGGCUCAGUGUUCCCUGCGUUAUCUUUGGACGACCUUGAAGAAGCUAGCAUGUAGGAGUUAGGCCUUUCUUGGAGAUUUUCUGUGGGGGCUGGGGAGGAAGACGCUCAAGGGGAUGACACAAGGUAAUGGCUAGCUAUCCCUGCUAGCUGCUUCUUAGUUCCUGUGAACUGGGGUUGACCUUCUGAUUACCCCCUCAUAGGUUUUCUUUUCAAGCUAACUUUUUUUUUCCCCCGGUAUGUGGCCCCAGGCAUAGCUCAGAAAUUAUGCUGGUUUGACACAUGGAUGCUUCUUUGGUAUUUGGGGUUUGCCUGCAGUCUAGACAUCCGAUAAGCAAGCACCACGUCUGUUGCCUCUUUCCUGAUUUCUCCUGCAUUUUGAUCAUGGUUAAGGGUUAAGAUCUAAAAGUUGUCAUUACUGAAAAAUGAUGAUAUCGCUAGAUGCCACGACCCUGCAAAUCAAAAAUCCAUAGAAAUUGAAAUCAGUUUUGUGCUUUCAUUGUUUUGCUAUUAAAUAAACACAUUUCCCCCAAGUUUUGGUUGACCAAAUUACAAAUACCUAAAGGCUACCAAUAUUAGUAUCAGUACAUUUCUGAAGUGAACAGAAAGAUCUUGUCAAGAGAAUGAGAAACUUUGGAUUUAAUAACUUUAUGGCUUCCUUUUGGGCAGUUACUUCUCUGGGUCAGGUAUUUAAAAGGCAUAUGAGGAACUUUGCAAAUACACUGUGAAAUUCUUUGAUUUGUUUCUCUUAAUUAGUAUUUGAUAGCCGAGUUACAUCUAGAAUUUCAAUGUAAUGGGAAAUUUCAAAUAAAAUAUCUAGAGCUUAAGGGUGUUUGUUUUAAAUAUCAGAUGAUACCGGCAGCAGAGAUUCAGUUUAGCCAAGUAAAUGAGAGUGGGAAAGACACACACAAGGUCUCUUGCUGCCUUCCCUUUCUGCAUUACUUUUGCAAGAGAUUGGAGAGGAAAAGUUCAAUAUGUAGUAUAUACUAGAACCUUGGUGGGCCUCAAGGCUGCUGUUGCUCAGCACUCUGAAUUCUGUAUAUCUGGAACCUGGGUGAUCAAUUUUUUCGCAGAGUUUUUAUCAGGCCCUGGGAAAACCUGGCUCAUGAGGCUCAAACUCAGGCAGAUUUAUGUCAACAAAGCAAUUUGAGAAUAAUUUUGCAUGUAAAAUAAGUUUUUCACUGGGGAAAGCUUAAGUUUAUUUGAAAUCUAAACCAAUGUCAUAAGGUGUUGCAAGGACAAAUUAAUUUACCUUGCCAGGCACAUAGUAGGUUGCUUUAAAAAUAUGACGUUUUCUUUUUUCCCCUAAGCAGUGCUAGGAAUAUGAUUGGCUAAGAAGGAGGGGAACACAUUUGUUGAGGCACUAGGUUAGUUAGUCAGGAGACUCUGGGGUUGAAAUGCCUAGGUUCCAAAGACUUGAUAAGUAAGUCACCUUGAAGUCAAAAUUUUCUCAUCUGCAAAAUAGCAAUAAUAAUACCUGGUUCUUGGGGAUGUAAAUAAACAAAUCGUGUGCUUGGUAGAAACUGACUAUUGUUGUCCUCACAACUUUGGGAAGUAGACAUUUUACAGAAGACAAAACUGAGGCCUGGAUCUGUUUCCUUGCAGGGGGGAAAUUAGUAAAUGAUGAGUGGAAAGGAUGAAUGUCUUUGUCCCCUUCCCCCACCUUCAGAAACUGGUUCUGGGAAGAGACUGCCUUCAACUCCUGGUUGCCAAUCCAAUUCUGAUUCAACUUUACAUCAAAAAGUCCAGUGGAAAUCUGGAAAAUGCCAUUUUCUUUUCUUCCUGAUUUCUCUGGUCCACAAGACUUAUAAAUUGAAAAUAUUUUGUCGUCUUGUGGUUCUCCAGUUUCUAUCUCCCUCUUUUUUUCCCACUUUCUCUUUUAAUUGAAUCAGCAACUAAGAUUUUCUGUAUUAUGGAAAUGAUCUGGAAAUUCAGCUAAUCCAAAAGAAGGGAGUUUAUUUUCAAGGGAGGGAAGUUUUCUUUUUGUACUAGAAAUACAGAAGUCACAGGCACAUUUGCUAUUACAUAUUCAAGUAUGAAAGUUGCAGUUGAACUAAAUUCAUUUCUAGCUUCAUAUUUAGUUGUUUCCACCUACUAUAAGUUUGAUUUGGCUUAAUGUUAUUUUAAUUUGGUUGAUGUUAAUAUAUGCUGAGUUUAAAUAGCUCUCAUUUUGAGAUUCAGUUCUCUGCACAGUAUUCUCCUAAUCUUCCCUUCCUCUACAUGUGCCUGCUUGAAAUCGGCAAGUUUUUUCUACCAAUUGUUAUGAAAGCAUUGACUUGUUUACUAUUAAUCUUUUCUAAUUAAAGUAAUUCACUUGGUUUACAUUUCCUGGAAAUCUUUAAACCUCACAAUUUUUUUCUGCAAAGGUCUACAGACUGAAUGUUAAAAAAAAUGACACCAUUCAAAACAUCGGUUUUUUAAUACACGUUUUUAUUGUGGACAGCAUUCCUAUUUCAUGCCCUUAAAAACACUGUUCAACUCUAUUUUGGCUAUCCCACUCUUCUUAGCAAGUUUCACCCAGUAUACUGUGUACAGUCAGCACCUGGUUGUAAUAGAAGACUUAGUUUCUGUCCUGCAACAGUUUAUCAUUGAGCAGAGGAAAUAAUACAUUAAACAAAUACAUGAAAUCCUGUGUGUUUGUUAGGUUUGGAAAGGUUUUGUAAAAAGAUAUGAUUCGUAAAGAAUUUCUCAGGUUAAGGGGAUGGAAGAGAAACCAUCACGGACAAAAAUAGCAGCCUAAGUAGAGAUGUGGCUAGUUAUUCAAGUUGGUUUGACACCCCAUCAGAAUUCUAGGUUGGGAGCAGCUGGUAGGCAGGACUAGAUCCUGAAAAGCUUUGAAUUUCUUGCCAAGGAGUUUGGAUAGUAUCCUGAAGCCAUUAUUGGUACCUUGGAAGGGGUGUUAAUAUUUGAACUUUAGGAAGAUACCACCUGUUUGAAGGGUGCAGGGAAGUCGGUUAUGAGGGUCUGACAGGAGUUUGAACAUCACGUAAUGAGGGACAGGCAGGCAAUGGGAAUGGAAAGGACAUGAAUCAGAGACUUGAAGGAAGAAGCAGAUUCUCUGAGGAAUUCAUCAUGGACAUGGUGGGGACUGUGCAGAGGAUGAGAAAGGGGAGCGUAGUUUACUUUCAGAUUUUUUGUGUGACUGUAUGGAUGAUAACCAAGAUAGGUGAGCACAGGAAGAGCGUGUUUGAGAGAGAAGACUGUGUAAUCAGUUGAGGGCGUUUAAAGGUUAGGACUGCCAUUCCUUGUAUUGGUGCUUCAGAGAACUUAAGGAACUUCCCUGAGGUUUGGGUUAAACCUGGUAUGUGGUUUCUUAACAUUUUUGUCAGGCUUGAAAAUGGGAGAGUAAGCUUCAGGGAAAGGAAUAUUGUCUAGUUUCACGAACUUAAAGUCUCUCUGAAAAUGCCAAGUUCCUCUUUUCCCACAAACCUUGUCUUAAAAGAAAGCCUUCAGAAAUCAGGAUUCUACCUUCAUUUUAAUUUGUUGGGCGUGUCUUGGGACAGAGAGUUUAUAUUUCUAUAAUGUGCAAGUCUUAUAAAUUGAAGGAAAUAAAUGGUGUACAUACACUGAUAUUUUCAUAUUCUUGCUUCACGGCAUCCUUGGAAGGUAGAAGUGAAAUUUCACCCUAAUAUUACAGAGGGACAAAUAAAAUUUGAAGUGACUUCCUAAUUACUUGUAAAGAGAAAAGCAGAAACAGACUCCAACUUGACUCAGUGCCUUUUUCACCACACUCUCAAUAGUUACAUUUCUUAACUGAUAAUCAUCCCUUGAAAGCAAAUAAAUACUAUCUCCCCAAACUUUAACUUUCUCAUCCAUUGGAAUCGCUUCUAAUCUGGUAUUGGGAUACCCAGUAUUUUUUUUUUUUUUACACUAUCAAAAUGGGAAGACCUAGUAUUUUUUUACAUUGUCUAAAACAGAGACUUGGAUUUGUGAUUUUUAUCUUUAACCUGUGCUAUUUCAGCUGAAGACUUAUUUUUGAGCUUGACCCUUUUCCUUUAGGAGGAGUUCUAGACUCUUGUACUAACCUGGAUUCCAUAGGCAGCACUGUAUAAAUAUUUUGCCAUACACUUUCUCAGACUAGGUACAUGUUUGGAGAAGCCAUUGGCAAACAGGUGGGGGUCCACCACCUCUUACUCAAUUUUGCUCCAGGCAAGUUUAAAUUUUAAAAUUUCACUUAAAAAAGGGAAUCCAUAAAUUUGGAACCUUUGGUGCUGGGGUGUGGGUUGGUAUCUACUAGAAGCAGGUGAGAGGAAAUAGUAGUGUUUAAUUGUCCCGUGGCUUUCCUUAAGCGCUGCUGAAACAUGUCUCUGCAGGGGAAUACUGCAACCAAGUGGCCUAGCAGUGGGAGAACACAAAACGCUCAAUCCUGUUGGACCCUUUGUGAAGAGUGUUGCUCCAGUUACACUUCCAUCCAGUGGCAUUUUGAGUUUUGAAAGGUAUUUUUGAAUAUAAGAAAGACUUUACUACUCAGAAGGAAUCUAGAAAGUGGAAUUGGGAAAGUUAUUACAUUGGAGGAACAUUGGUGUCCUUCAGAGCAUACCAACUAAGGCUAUUGCCCAGAAGAAAAGAUGUUUGGUUUUCACAAGCCAAAGAUGUACCGAAGUAUAGAGGGCUGCUGUAUUUGCAGAGCUAAAUCCUCAAGUUCUCGAUUCACUGACAGUAAACGCUAUGAGAAGGACUUCCAGAGCUGUUUUGGGUUACAUGAGACUCGUUCAGGAGACAUCUGUAAUGCUUGUGUCCUGCUUGUGAAAAGAUGGAAGAAAUUGCCAGCAGGAUCCAAAAAAAACUGGAAUCAUGUGGUAGAUGCAAGGGCAGGACCCAGUCUAAAGACUACACUGAAACCAAAGAAAGUGAAAACUCUGUCUGGAAACAGGAUAAAAAGCAACCAGAUCAGUAAACUGCAGAAGGAAUUUAAACGUCACAAUUCUGAUGCUCACAGUACCACCUCAAGUGCCUCUCCAGCUCAAUCUCCUUGUUAUAGUAACCAGUCGGAUGAUGGCUCAGAUACAGAGAUGGCUUCUGGCUCUAACAGAACGCCAGUGUUUUCCUUUUUAGAUCUCACAUACUGGAAGAGACAGAAAAUAUGCUGUGGCAUUAUCUAUAAAGGCCGUUUUGGGGAAGUCCUCAUCGACACACAUCUAUUCAAACCUUGCUGCAGCAAUAAGAAAGCAGCUGCUGAGAAGCCAGAGGAGCAGGGGCCAGAGCCUCUGCCCAUCUCCACUCAGGAGUGGUGACUGAGGUUUAUGUAGAAGGGGAACAAAAAAUGAUUUAAAUUUUGGAAAACAAAGCAACAAAAAAUGACCCUCCUAUUUUUAACUUGGAUACCUGCUAUUCUGCCAAAAGACGAUUUCUAGAAUAGUUUUGAGUGGGUUAUUUUUCCUCCAGUUCCACAAACUCUGAAGCCAGUGUCUAGCUUAUGAAAAGAAAAAAAGUGUACAUAAUAUUUAAGAUGCUGAGUAUUUCAUAGGAAAGCUGAAUGCUGCUGUAAAGUGCUCUUUAAGUCUUUUUUAAAAAUCCCCUUCUAAUGAAUUAAAUGAGGGGAAUUUCAGGGGACAGAGAUGGGAUUUGUUGUAUGAUAAACGUAUGUAGUUUUAGUCUUUCUAUAUUGAGAAGCAGUGGUUGGGGCAUUUUUUAAGAUGGCUGGCUACACUUGUUUUCCUUCACUAUAAUAAAUUUGUCGUAACUCAGUAAACAUGGACUUGCCCCUAGAGGUAGUUGUUAAUAACUGAAAUAUUAAGGUCUUGCCAAGGUUCUGAUGAUUCAAACCUGUACUACUGAAUAUUAAGCAGGACAGACUAAGCUCUCUGGUGCGAAUAUCUUGAAGAAGUAAUUUCUAAGUACACAGAGGUAAUGUGACUGCGUCACCUUCUUCCAUAUUGAUAUUUGAUAAAGUUUUUAAUUUAUAUGAAACUUCUAAAGCAGAAUCAUAGUUCCUCUUGGGGAAAUGUCAAAUCUUUAGGAUAAGCAGUUCUAUGUGAGUAGUACCAAAGCAUUACCACUGGUAGAGAACACACUCUAUUAAAAAUGUUAAGUUAUCUGAAAAAUAAAAUGUGCAAGUCUUCAGGAUGGCACAUAAAGAAACAAAGGUUAAUGCUUCUUGGGGCACAUUUCUGAGAGGGCUUGCAAGUGUGUAAAUAAUUUGUUUAUGUUACAUGACUGGUGACUUCACUGAAAAUCUGCACAAUUCAGUUUUAGCUCUGGAUUACUUCGGUUGACCUUUGUGAAGGUUUUAUCUGUGUAGAAUGGUUGUUUGACUAGUUUUAACCUAUUAGGGUUUUGGGUUUUUGGUUUGUUUGUUUUUUUGUUUUUUUUUCUUUUUCUUCAUUCUAUAUUAAAGUAAAAUUCAACUAAAAGAAAAGAGGUGUGUGUUAAUGCUGAGUGGGUUGGUUUUGGUUUGGUUUCUUUUAGUCAGGCUUUCUGAACAUUGAGGUGUUAGAUGAUACAUCCUAAACAUGGAGCUCUUCAAUUCUAAAACCUUCAUUAAAAGCCUUUUACUUGAACCCAAACCAAAGUUCUAUCUAUUGCCUCUUUUCUAAAAGUUCAGGAAAAAUAUAUCACCAGUUCAGACUUAUCAUAAUGAGGGAGGAUCAUUUGCCUACCUUGUAAUAACAUGACUCAGUGCUUAUUUUUAAAACUGGAUUUUAAAGAUCGGAUAGUAUAAAUAACAAGAAGGAGUGAGCCACUUUUUAUGGGCACCUAUAGUUUUAUAGUUCUUAAUCUAGACUUAAAAUUUUAUAUUUCUUCCUUCGGAAAAAACUACAAGCCACCGUAUGCACGGACUACACAGUGAGUUGGGUCAACUCUCCCACAGACUUUGGUGUAUUACAAGAAUCCCAGCCAUUAUCAUCUUCCUCCUGAGUUAUUUUGCAAUGGUUUUUUGUUGUUGUACAUUCUGGCUGCAGUGUUGGUGGUAGGAUAUACUAUAAUGUGGAUCAUCUCUACUUCUGUAUUUAUUUAUUUAUUACUAGACCUCAACCACAGUCUUCUUUCCCCUUCCACCUCUCUUUGCCUGUAGGAUGUACUGUAUGUAGUCAUGCACUUUGUAUUAAUAUAUUAGAAAUCUACAAAUCUGUUUUGUACUUUUUAUACUGUUGGAUACUUAUAAUCAAAACUUUUACUAGGGUAUUGAAUAAAUUUAGUCUUAUUAGAAAAU